GCCAGCAGUUGGAGAGUUAGCCCACAGGAAGUGUUGCUGGGGCAACAAAGAGAAGAAUGUGGUACUCUCAGAAAUGACUCGGUCAUCGGUGACCCAUUAUUCACAGUCCCCCUCAAUUUCCCAUCAAUGACCCCCGCAGAGCUAACGACUAGGGACACCUCUCAUUUAUGUUUCGAGGUCCACGGAGCAAGAGACAGAAUUUUCAAUCUCAUAUCUGAUCGAUGCACUUCAGUCAACGCCCUCUUUACCGCCAUGCCCCCACCACUCUCUGGCAAUAUCAUCAACACUGUAGGAAUCACCGCAGUUGAUUACAGGGGCACCUGUGUGGAGAUUGAAGUUAGUCUAGAGACCCAAUGCAUCCCCGUGAUUCGGGGUGCUGAUGGAAUCGUUUCUAGUUCG